AUGUCUCAAAACGGUCCUCAGAUUAUCUUUGGAACGGCCUCGAUUGGCUACGGCUCUCUCGCCGAGGAAGAUGCUGUCAAACAGUUUCUUCAGGUAGCUUCAGACAAUGGUGUCAAGCAACUUGAUACCGCGGCGAGCUAUCCCACCGAGGAAGCAAUGGGCCAGACUGAAGUUCUCCUCGGAAAGGUCAAGUCCAGUGAGCAAGACUGGGUCAUCGACACUAGAGUUGCCAUCACCCGUAACCUUCUAGGUGCUUUGGCGCCUGAGGCUAUCGAGAAGAGCUUGAACACAAGUCUUGAGCGUCUUCAUCAGGAUUCAGUCAACAUUCUUUCAGCUCAUAUGCCUGAUCCUGGAACUUCUCUUGAGGACCAGGCAAGAGGUUUUGAUGAGCAGUUCCGCAAGGGCAAGUUCAAGAAGUUGGGUCUUUGCAACUGGCCUCUCAGCAUGAUUGAGAAGUACAUCGAAAUCUGCGAUGCCAAGGGUUAUGUCAAGCCCUCAGUUGCCCAGUACAUGUACAACUAUAUCUGGCGCGGAACAGGAACCAAGAUUCUUGACUUCCUCCGCAAGCACAACAUCGCUUUGCACGCCUACAGUCCCCUUGCAGGAGGUUUCCUCACUGGGAAGGCUACGAGUGGUGACACAGCCGGCACACGCUACGGCGAGCCAACCCACCCUCUCACCAUCUACAAGUUCAUCUACGACAAGGAGCCCUUCCACAAGGCUGUCAAGGACUUGUACACUCUUAUCAAGGAUGGCGAGGUUGAGAGCACUUCUGAUGUAGCCAUUCGAUGGCUUUUCUACCAUUCCAAGCUUGAAUCUCAGGAUGCCAUAAUCUUGGGAGGAUCAAAGGUUGAGCACUUUGGGAAGAAUGUUGCGGCUGUCAAGAAGGGACCUUUGCCAGAGACAGUGCUGAAGGCUCUUGAGGGUUUGGAUGUUACAGAGGCUGGCAUGGGUGACGGAAACGUCUUUGGUUCAGUUUUUGAACAGUAG